AUGCCGUCGAGUUCAGGUACCAUCCCGGGAGAUACUGAGCAACGCGUGAGUGUCCCAAUACCGCGGAGCCUCCAUGAGCUCAAAGGCCAUGCCAACAAGCACUUCGGCGUCCGGGCACAGAAGCCGCUGCGCAUGUACCACCACGGUAAGGUCGUCAUUACGCACGCGCAGCACGUGACCAACCUUAAGGAUGGGGACGUCGUUGUCGUGACGGUAACUGACGAAGAGCAGGGUCCGCCACCGAUCUCCACCCACCAGGCCCACUACGUGCCGCACCGCCUUGAGGCGAAGAAGCCGCCGCCAGCCCAGGAUGGCCCAGGCGAGGGCGUGCCGUUUGACGGCAAGUCGAGCUACACCGUGGAUUACAUACCACAUCCCCUCGAGGUCCGAGACAAAGCCAAGCCACCGCGCAACGUGUGGGAACCCGGAAGGACGGAGGCAAGAACGGGCAAGUCCACCUACAACAGCGAAUUCCCCUGGCACGCCGUCAAGCCGCCGGAGUCCUCAAAGAAGCAGGUGCCACCUGCAGCCCACGUGCCGUUCGAGGGCCUUACAUCCUACCAGCACGAUUACAUCAAGCAUCCCAAUCGCCCCAGAUCAGCGACUGGGCGGCCGAAGCCACAGAUGCCAGCCUCCGGCCCCUUCGACGGCACCACCACCUACACAACCGACUACAAGCGCUUCCACGUGCCUCAAGCCAGGCCCUUGAAGCCCCAAGAUGGCGUCUUGAAGACUGACAAGAAUCCCUUCGAGGGUGCCUCAGAGUACCGCCGAGAGUAUCUGAAACAUCCACUUCAAGGCCCUGAAAUCCUCCACAUUGAGCCAGACCUCCGAAGGUUGGAUGUGUGGCCAAAGCGGCCGGCGACCGAGCAGGGUGCCAGCGGCAGGAGGAACUAG